AGUUGGUUUUGAUGUCGUACAGUUGCGCGGCUGAUAUAGCUGUGACCACCUUGCCAGCACCAGAGACGAACGUCGACUAUGAGCGAGGCCUCGCUGUUUUAAACGACGAAUGCUACCAAAGAGACAACAGCUUCAUCUGAUUCGGGUUCAAAAGCUGCCUACUAUGCUUGAAAGCGAUUUAUCGAAGCUUUAUCCCACACAGAGACGAUCAUGUGAGUUGAAAAUGUUCCUAUUUUUUCUUUAUUUCAUGCCUCAAAUUUGGCGGAAGCGCUUUCUUUUUUAUUUUCGUACCAUGACUUGCAUUAUUUAGACGCUUUAGAAGAGGGUGUUAUUUUCAGAGCACAAUAUUGGAAAGCUUCGUCUCUCGAGGAAAUACAAGUUUUUUUUUUUUUUGGGACAUACAAUUUUGCUUAAUGUGAAAAAUACAGCGUUUGAAACACUGUUAUGGUACAACGUACUAUCAAAAGUUUAAAAAGAAACGAAACAAAUUUUGCAUUCAAAUCCCGCGUAAAUUAUUUUGAACAUCUGAAAUCUGAAAUGAAUUAUGGUUUGUAAGGGAAUAGUUCAUGAGAUUUUUAUCACAAUCUCUACAAGAUGGCAGUCCGUGUUUUUGAAUCAGAAUAUCAAUUUUCUUCGAACAAGUCUAUUUUUCAUUGAAUACUGCAAAUCAAUAGAUACUGUUUUUACAAGCUCAUAUUUGAAUUACAAGCAGCAUAGAUCGUAAAAUUUUGCUGGGUUGGCGGUGAAAAUAUGUGCUUGUAACUGAGUUCACGGGCAAAACCUCAGGUUGUUUUAAAUCGCUUCAUGAAUAAGUAAUAUUUAUUUCUGCAGCUUGUUAGACACUUCAGUAUGGCCAACCAUUAAGCGUAAUUUAAGUCCCUGGAAAGCGGUUUACUUUGCCUCAUUUUGACAAAAUAUAUCAUCAGGAAGUUUAGCCUAACGCCACAUUUCAUUUUACUGAAUAUGGAAUUAUUUCGCCGAAAUCUCCUUACGUGAUCAAGCGAUCUAAAUGAACAGUUUCGAUCGCUAUGAGAGAGGGUUUUUGUUUAAGACCGGACAUGCGAUAUGCUAAAGAUGAUUUUGAUUAAUCGUGCACGCGACAAAACUCAGACGAACACUUCUAAUGGACCAUGUUUUCGUCUUAGCAAAUGAAAGUCCAUUUCACGCACAUACACAAAAAAAAUUCCAUUUAAUGUCUUCCUUUCAUAAACUACGACCAUAGAUUUAACGAUAUAAACAGCAAACGUGACCUGCAAUUUUUCUCACUCACAAUUCUUCUGUUUUAUGCUAGUUCGGUUUUGUUUAAAUUUGCCUCAUUAUGAAUUUUGUCCCUUUUUACCCUCAGUCAUACAUAAUUAGGACAAGAUGUCAAAGUGUUACUAUGAGACGUGGUGUUGUCCUUUGUGAUGAACACCCUUUGCUGAGCCAGUUUCCCGCGAAACGCAUCUUUCACGCAAAAAUGCAGUCUCUUGGCAACAGAUUUCAUCUCGGGUAUCUUUUACCUAAGGGGUUCCUUAUCUGUAACAGACAGAACGUCGCUUGGCUAUAUCCGUUUGUCAUGCCUACCCCCGCGAUUCUGACAAAUUUGCAUCGCGACGAUUUGAAAGUCAUUCUAAAAAGCGAGUGUUUGAUAAUCAAUACUAUUUUACUCCCCAAAGAGUAGCAAGGCAGCUGAGUAUAUUCCGUAAAGGUGACUGAACAAACAAGCCUGUAGCCUGAUUCAAACAUACUGUGCUUCACACAAAGUGCGAACCCACACAAGUAGCCUUGGUUGAACUGUCAAUCAUGUCGUCAUGGAAAUUUAAGAAGAUGAAGAAAUAUUUUAUAGUUCGAAGGAAAAAGAUCUUUUUAGUCGCAAACCAUCGGGCCAAAGACUGAGUUUUAUACAGAAGCUAAAGUUCAAGGCUUUUCAUAAAUUUUCCCGCCUGAUAUUUAAAGUUCUGUCUCAAUGGUGUUUGAAUAAUAGCCGGAAAAUGCUUUUCAAAGUAAAACUGACAAUAUUUCAUGAAACCGUACACAUUUUCCAGGAAAAUUUUAUAGAUUUUACUUCUAAAUUGUUUUAUCUUUUUUGUUAGAGAUGUAAAGGAGAAACAAACAACUUUCAAGAAAUUUACAGCUCUUGUGCUGCUCAAAAAUAGAUUUGUUGCAAAAAUAAAUAUUCAUCGCGCUUCAAUUUAUUUCAUUUUUGUAAUGAUUAGAAUACUUUGAGCAGAUGGCGCUCUUUAACUAAUGUGGGUUAUUACGUUAAUACAAAUUAAAAAUCCCAUUUGCAACACAUUACAAAGUUCUAAAGCUGGCUGAAUUGAAGGGGUUCUAAAUGCAUACCGUUUCAACUUGCCAAUCCAAAAGAGAAACACGGUGUUACUUUAGCAUUUAAAACGAUGAUUUUAAGUUACAUUGAGAACGUCUGUCAAAUUAAGGUGGCACUGUCACCAUAACUACAUCCAAGACUUAGAAAAAUUUCUUAUUUUAAUUGUUAUUUUUUACUCUAAUCUUCGUCUAUUAAUAAAUAUCCGUGUUUUUCGAUUAACGGUCAAGGAAGUGCAUAGAAUUAUUACUUAAAAUUUUGCUGUUGUUUCUGUUUUUUAAACCCUGGAAGCAGAGCAUAAUUUUGGGCGUAUUCUUCAGUUUAGAAACGCCAUAGUUGACCAAGUGUUGCUGAAACUAAGAAGCCAGAGUAAAAAUUCUUAAGUUUUUGUAGUGACUUACUAAAUUCUUCAAGAUGGAUCUUUUUGUUGGAAUAUUACUUUCUUACGUAAAUAGAUAAAAUCGACUUGCCGAGAACCGAAAUGGAAGUUGAUUGCUGUUUUUCAGGCCGGAAGAACGAAAAGAAACAAACAAAAUUCAAUAAAUACAUGCGAUCGUGGACUGUUUUCGGUUUCAGACGAGAUGCUCUGCUUUCAGAAGCAAUUCUCUCGAUUUAAGCGAACGCAAUUGCGCUACUUAAAAUUCUAUCAAGCUUUAAGAGUAAAAGUGCGCGAGGGUAGAUGGCUAUACGGCACUUGUCUGGUAUUCGUGCGGUUCACAGUGGUCUGCAUUGAAGUAUCACAAAUGACGAAGCUUUUUGAUUUGUCACUCUUUUUUCAUUAGUGACUGGAAUAGGAUUCAAAUUACAGUUUAACUUCUUACGUUAAGCUCUUACACCUGUGCUUUUAAGGUUUAAGCGGUUGCCAAUCAACGCGACAGCCGAUCUGAGCACACGUGUGCACUAUAACGAAGCAAUCAAGGAACGAGGCGGUCGUUGAGUGCGGAUAAAAGCGAUUACUUCAGUUUCAUCAGCGUUUUUGGUGCUUUAAUUGGUUGAGAGUAAAGAACACCAUUAGAUAAAAGAUCUUCGUACAAUUUUUCCUGGAAGACUUUUUUCCUAAAAGCCAUUUGUCACAGAUCUUUAAUCCACCAGAUGAUUGUCUUUGACUCUGAUCUCGUGCAAUUCUGGUGAUGUCAAUACGUUAAGAUACACAUUUCAACUCACUAGAAUAAAAUUCAAAGAUUUGUGAUAGAUCUGUAUGUCAACCACGCUAUUACCGCCUGUGUGCAAAUUUGAGACUGACAAUGUUGCUGACAUGAGUUACGCCAACGCACGGAAUGUUAUCAUAAAACUUUUCAUUCCUCAACAAUUUUCUUUCGUGAAUGCUUGAAAUUACAUUGAGUUUGGGUUGGUACUCUUUGGAACACUGGGAGAUUUUUAAGAAAUCUCUUCUCAGUUUCCCGGUUUUUAAAUUUUAUUGAGACUUUUUCGUUCGGACAGAACCAGACAUACACUAUUACGAAAGUGUCCUGAUACGAAGUUUGGUGGGGUCUGGGCUGAGGACGUGGAACUCACGUGCUCGCAUAAUCUUUUUGCGUGACUUGUGCAUGAGUAGUUAACAUCCUACUUUUCAUAUCCCGCAUAAAACUGGUGGCGAACUCAAACUGCUGUAAAACAGCGUACAAGGCCUCCUUCACGUGCCCGGGCAAGGUUUUACGUCCAGUUACAGCUGUUUUAUGUGUCACUAUUGCAGAAACUUCUCGACACCCUAUAGAAUGAAUGACUUAGAUUUUUUUUGUCCAGUUUUGCCCAUUGUGAGAGAUCAUUGAGAGGUCCCUUAAAAGUCAUGCGACACGUGCUCUAAAGGUUUUGGAUCCAGGUGAAAGUGUUAAGUUUGUUCAUUAUCAUCACCCAGUUUCUGGAUAAUGCUUGGCGGGUUCAAGGGCAAGGUACAGUAAUGGUCCUGACCCUCGGCUUCCUUGUAGGAAGAAAACUUGUAGGUUUUUUACUACUUGUCUGAGACCAAAAGUCUUGUAAGGGCAGUGCUCUGGGUAAUGAAAGGAGAGAUUCAGCUUACAGAAAAGUAUGGUUUCUUUUCGAUGAUAUGGUUUAAAUCACAGUGUUACGGUUUAAAACAAUUUUAGAAAAGAAGUCCUAGAGAAAGAGGUUACUUGUUUGAAACGACGGAAAAGCAAUGAAGACAACUUUAACGUUAUUGAAAAUUUCAAAUUUAAGAGAGUACAAAUUUUAUUGGAUUGAGCAUGCCGAAAGAAGCACUCUGGGCCAAGAAAUGAGAAAAAAUAAAAACACCAAAAGAAACAUUCCCUCCAUAUCACAGUGUUGACAUAACAUGCCCCAGACAAGAAUUAUUUAAAAGAGAUAGAGAGAAAAACACAGAGAAAACAAAAGAUAGCACCUGCUGUUCAGCUUGUAAGAUACCUGCUCUUCUGCCACCAAUAUCGUCUCACGGAAAGCUGGUUUCGGUCGACAGCGAGGGCAGAUGUAGAUCUGUCCGACACUUCUGUGAAAUAUCACGUCAACACGUGUAACACCGAGCGACAGGUUUGGAGAAAUUCUCGAAGACUCACACAAUGGCUGAAUAUCUGUCGACUAGAUUUAAAGACAUGCUGGUGUCUUAAUAUUACUUAUGUAACUAAUAGUGGAUUUUAAUUAAAGGAUAAUGAUGAUGAGAGGAAUUUUUUUCAUUGUCUUUCGGGGUUUACUGCCGAUGUUGUAAGGUAAUUUAUUGCAAAUUGCACGCAACUUUUUUUGUAAUAUGUCAUUAAUACGGGUGCUUAUUGUUUUAGAAAUUGUUUAUUUUGAUCGAGCAAAGUUCGCGAUUAUGAGGUGUUUUAAUUUGAGUUAACUGCACAUUUAAGCGUCGUGUUUUGUGAUGAUCUCAAUUGGAAGUCAAAGGUUCAACAGCUUCAUCUGCAAUCAGUUUGUAGAAGUCACUUGGUUGUAAAAUUGAUUGGUAACUGAAAUGAAAGUUUGCGUUGAAACUGGCUCGGAGGAUUAUCCCACUGCAGUUUAUACACUCUUUAGCAAAUUAAGACAUGAAGUGAAACGAGAAUUUUUAGCAGAACUUACAACAGGUACAAAACUGCGUAAAGCUGGAAUAUUUUCAUGUUGGAUUGUGUUUUGUUCCGGGUAGUUGCACGUGUUUCUUACAGGUGCCUGACACUCAGAGAUUCUUUUGUGGGGACUCAUUCAUAGAUGUAAAAUGAAACGGUGGGUAACUUUCAAAGACAAUUCCUUGCUUCCAUUCAGGUUUAAAACUACAUCAGUAAUAGCAGUAAAGAUAACAACAACAUCAUCAAGGACAACAACUCACUCACAACUUGUGUUUUAAAGAAAAUCACAGGCACUUUGCACAACCUUGUCAAAAAUACAACACGUGUUAAAAUUGUUUGUACAUCUCAUGCAUAAUAAAUAAACUUGCUGAACUUCUGUACCUGCCCGUCAAAUCGUAACUUCAUCUAACGGCUGUUUCGAGUUUUCUUAAAAGACUAAGUCAAAUGUCGUGGUCACUGUUAAAUCUUUAUUCUCAGUCAAAAUCAAUAGAGCAAGUUUAGAUAAAGUGGGUGAUUUAUGUUUAAAGGCGGGCCACGCACUGGCCGAACUCAGGUAAGAGAGUGGUAUUGACUGCAAAAGCGUAAAAAAAGUUGAAAAAAUGCUUUACGUUCGAAACUGUAUGUUGCAAUCGAGUUUCGUCAAAGCUAAAAAUGUUUGAGCCAAACAAAGUCUGUAUCCAAAUUAGAUGUCCGGGGUCUAUCCAUGUGCAGUUGAGGUCUUGUUAAGGCUCCUCACAGAUCUAUUUAUAUUUCUCCAAAGGUCGAAUAAAUAACCUUAAAGUCUCCCAAAUGAAUGGAAUAAAAGAUCCUAAAUAAGUCAGUUACAAUGCCAAAUUUCUGGCAUCGAUUUUUGGUCGACGAACGCGAUUUUUAUUCACAAUAUUCCGAAUAGGAUGCUUUCGUCUUUACUUAUCCAUGCAGUAUACAGGACAGGCUCGUCACAUGUGAACUUUUCAGAGUACAACUCGAGUGCCAAAGAGUUUUCUGUAACUUAGAUCUUGAGUAUUCAACUGCGAAAUAGCAGAGAGAUCUAACUGAUUGAUCCUCCGAUGGGAUGCAUAUUUUCAGUUCUGUCUCACGAUAGUGAAAAGUGUUUUAUAUUUCAGCGAUAGUGGAGAUACACAUCACUCGGUAACUAUUAGAGGCAGCCCACGAAUUUUUUCUUCUUUUAACAUGGUGUAGACGAGAAUUUUGAACUAGUUUACAUGUGACCAUGGAGACCUCUGAAUUGUUAACAACCGUUUCAAAUCCACUUAGUCGCGGGAUUGUUUGGUUAAACAGCUUAGUAAAGUUGUAGAAGAAGACGAAACAUCUAAUAUCAGCCCCAAAUCUUUCCUACACAGUACAUAUAGUUAUCGAAUGUAGCCGUAUGAUUUUUCAAUUUUAUCAAAUUUCAAAGCAAACCGGACGUUGGGAUUGACAUGUAAAAUAUUUAUUGCCUCCAAAUAUCAUUAGAUGCCCUAUACACAAUAGAGAAUGAUUGACAGACAAGAGGCUCAAUGACAACACACACGCUAACAAUGUAAAUUGAAAAUUUUAGAAUAUAUGUUUCGCGUGUACUUCUUUAAUAAGCGUUUGUUUCAAGAAAAAAUCAAAUUUUUGUUUGGAAUACUGUAAUUUUUCAAAGCUUGCCAAGAUUACGGGUCUUACACUCGAAGCAAACUAGCUGCCAAGUUUCCUAAAAAUAAAUGGCGAGACUAAAACCGGUUUUUUUUAAACGCCAGCAGGCUAGGUUAUUAGUGGAUGUGAAUGGUUUUAUUAAAUUAUGUAAAUUGAAAGAAACAUUUCAAUUUUCAUGGCAACCAAAUUUUCCCUUUUUCCCCCAAGGGGUCAGAUCUAAACUCUAUUUUGAAAACUGAACUAGAAACUUCUGAAAAGAAAUGUGGAAUUCUACCCUUUAUCUGAGGAAAAAUUUUGGGCAAAUGAAAGGCCUUUGUGAUGGUUCAUUCGUAGAAAUUAUGUAAACUCGGGACCCUUUCAUUUUACUCGUUAAAUGGUUAUAAUGCAAUAUUUUUGUAUUACCAUGCAACGAUUUUCAAUGCACGAAAAAUUCACAUGGCGUAAUUUAAAGUCGGAAAGAUUAAUGUUUUUCGUAAAAUACAUUCUGUGAAUAGCAAUUUCUUUGUUGAGUUUGAUAAUAGCCUUGAUGUAUAUCACCAACCGAAUUGAAAAAAUCCGAAGAAUCUCAUUUCUUUGCUAAUAAGCAAAUUUUAAAAAUUUCCAAAAAUAGCAUUUUUUUACAUCUUAGACUGUAUCUUACAUCCUAGCCUGAGUUAUUUCAAGCUUGUAUACUGAGGUCAGUAAAUUGUUAUUAGCUUCUUUUGCAUCGAUUUUUCGUUUUAAAUGGUUUUCUCCAAUAUAUCAUGAAUUUAAAUGGAAAUAUUCCUGGGUCAGGAAAGGCAAAGAAACAACUUGAAAACAUCAAGGAUUUCAAAUGUGGCACAUAUUGAGAUUCGGGUUAUGACAGAACCCUUAAAUUGAGACUUCCAGAAUAUUUAUUUUAAUUUCAUCAAACAGGUUUCAAAGCCUCAAAAAAAAAAUCACAAAACAUAUAAAUAAGAAUAACGAGGACACCUCGAUCGUGUUAAAUAAAUUCACGUCUAGAUUUAGUUUUAUCACAGUUAUUUUAUUCAUGUAUGUAGAAACAAAGAUGGGAAGUGGAAAAACGCAAAAAAAAAUUAAUUGUGGCUCCGAAAUGUCGGAGGGGAAUUGACUGUAUGUCGUCAGUGAAAUGGCAGUAUUUGUUUAAGGGUCCUCUUCAAAUCCGGCAUCUAAAAACUGGAAAUACUUGAGCGCGUUAUCUUUUGUUAUAGACUUGCAGCAGCGUCCAAUAAAAGAUAGUUUGACGUUUUCUGUUUUCCACUUCGCCUUUUUUUCCUGUCAGCUUUUAGCGCCUACGCUUUUUAGACUCUCAGAAAGCCAUUUCGCUUUUUUAGCGACAAAACUAAAUUGCUUGAGAGCAAUUUUUACAUAAACUGAAAUCCAAAUUGGAAACAAACUCAUUGCAUCAAUUUUAAGAAGCGUGCACGAGCGUUUUGAAGUUUGUGAGGAAAAAGACUUACUAAAAUAUCUAAGACCGAAAUAAUGCGCGCCGGAUGGUUGAAAACAAAGAUAACUUUCAGUUGUGUUCAAAAAAAAAUAUUAUUAUUUUUUGGUAUAGGCACCCCACUAGAGACUAUUCCUUGGACAUUGAUGGGUUUUCUUUGCCUUAAAGUUUUGCAUAACGGGAGCAGAUGUUUUCCAUAGAAUCCCGCCAAUCAUUUUCCCGAAUUUUAUUACUCUUAUCGAAUCGUAAAACCGAAGAUUAUUUAUAUUCUUGAGUUUUUAUUUCUGUGAAGGGCCUAGAACUUCCUAAAAGAUUUGACGAUGAGGUUUAAAGUGAAAUAAAAUUGUUAGCCUCGUCAGCUGAAAGCGACAACGGGGGAAUAGGGAAAGAAUAGCCAGAAAGAGCCCGACCCUUUGUUAAUAAUGUGACCUCCGAAGUCUGCGUAAAAUCGCCGUUCUCCAUUUAAGGAAAGUUCUACUACAGGUGCAACAAAAUCGUUCGCUUGUGUGAAUUUCUGAAAGUUUUAGACGCAUCAUAAGCGCAAAGCUACAUAACAACUCCGGUAAGAGAAAUUCGCGCUCUCGAUGCCAACGUGUCUAAAGCCUUACUUUACGGCCAUGAAUUUUAAAGCAGAGAUCUCUAAAUCUAUUAAUUCGCUGGCGCGCCUUGCUGAUGUCAGAGAGGCAGAUGUAAAUAAUUCACGGAAUUAUAUCUGUCAAAUGCCGAGCUUUCGUUAAUUAAUGAUGACAUGCACUUUGUGUGGGCAGCUGCUACAGAUGCCUUAGGUUCCCGGAUGUGCAGGUGGUGAUUCGCGCGCGCGAGAAAACUUCACUAUUCGUUACGCCUUGCUUUGCUAUACAAGUUUGUUGGCGAGACAGCCGCCGCUCUGAAUCUUCAAUACAACGCCUUUUUUUUUCUUUUCACCGAAGGAUCAAUGAAAUUCGUCGGCGGAAUGCAUCACCACAAAUACAACGGUACGAAUUCUUUUUAUCUUUAAAAUGAAUUUGCCAUUGAUUUUUCCCCUUGCAUUUAUACCGUACUCACUAUUUUGUCAAUAUAAAUUUUCCGUAAUUUUUUUUUCGCUGGUGGUUGCAGGAAGAAAGAAAUUAAAAUAUCACUGAAACCAUUUAAAUUUCGCUGUAGGAUUUUUGUUUCACCCUGAGAAUUUUUUCUCAGUGACCCAGUCACAAACAAAAAAGAAAAAAAAAAUUCGAGUAAAUCCCCCGUCCGUUUGGUAUCUUUGUGGUAUAAUUUUUUCAUGUCGUUGGGAAAGUAAUUACGGGCAUACAGUUGGCCUUGUUGAACGCCUCACCGCCUUACCACCACUUAGAAGGCCUUGUGUAAAUAAAACAUAAGUUGUCAGUGGAACGUUUCGACAGGAGAAAACAGCUCGUUUUCUUUAAUGUCCUUAGUGAGUGGUUGAAACAGAUGUACACACGAUACAAUAACUACACCAACAAUCGAAUAAUUUGCACGUGCAGGAAUCGGCCAAUCACAAUCCAGGUUGAAUUGCAGGGUUUACCGGUUAUCGAUUUAUUCUUUUGCUUCUCAUCAGAGAUCCAACAAAAACAAUUUAAACAAGCUAUUUUGAGAGUUUUUGUAUUUUAUUUUCGUGCUUUUUAUCCAUUAUCGCAUGUUUUCGUGUUUUUUGGUCAUGCGAUCAUUAUGUUUUUCGCAAAGUAGGUAUCGUAUUACACGGAAACACUGUUCGAUUUCGGCCAAAAUCAUUAUUCCUUACGAGGGCACGUGUGUGAGAGAUCUAUUUUAAUGAACCUUAGGUUAAUUAUUUAUUACUUAAGCGACUGAAAAGCUUUCGAAGCAUAUGGUUUCUUUAGUUCUACAAUUUUUUUCGAUUCGAAGAUGAGGCGGACAACAAAAUCCUUUCGAGUUUUACAGCGCGUUGAUAAUUUCUAAUCUACAACAUUUCACUUUAUCUCUGAAUUUUAAUAUUUUAUUUUUGAAAUAUCAUAACAAUAGAAGUCCCUAAAUCUUUGCAUCAGCAUUGGAACCCAGGCUCUCUGUAUAUCUUAGCAACGGUGGCCUGACUUCCAUAUUUAGAAACGCAAACAAUGGAACGAGGGUAUAGUAUGGGGUGCACCUGCUACCGACAGUCGCUAGAUUCCCGUAUGCACAGCUGUUGGCAGUCGCUCUAUACCACCUGAUAGUUGAUAAGGAGUGUUAUCUGUGCGCCGAUAUUGCAUAUUGUGUUGAAAAAAAAAGCGGCUGGGAAAAUCUCAGUGAAUUGAGCGUCAAAACAGACUUCGUCGUUUUUUCGCGUUCUCUCAUUUUGAUCGCCAAUUCGUUCUUCAGUUUCAUUUGCAAACGAAAAGAUUUCAAUGAAAAACAAACCUGCAGCUUCCGCACGAAAUUUAGAUAAAUUUGCGUUUUCGCUUUUCAAACAGGAAAAUGAAAAUUGAAAUUACUUUUGUGUUGGUGACAGCUAGUUAAAUAUUAAGCAAGAUAUUCGGUGAUAGUUUUCCGAUGAGGAUUAUUUUUCCCACGGAAAAUCUUUGCUGUUAUCAACUAGUCGCGCUUUCUCUCAAAAUUUUUCCGCUCCUACCGGCUAUUUUUUCCUUCGUUUAAUGGACCGUACGGCACGUGCUAAAAUUUUUUUAUAAACAAUGCAUUAAAAAAUUUCAAGAUAUUUCAAACGUCAGCGUUAUUCAUUUAUUCAUAACAUAAAGAUCACGUGACCCACUCCAUGACGUCACUAAUUAAUUGCCUCACCGGUGGCAGAGUUACUCGAUGGGAGUCAUACGAAAGCCCCUUUCUGGUGUAGCAAGAAGUCUGUAAUGCCGGCUGUAACUUCAGGUAUUUGCCAAUAUAUUGCUUGUAGUCUAUAACACUACAAAAAGCAAACGCAUCUAGUUGUUUUUGAUCGCCACGCGCGUUUCCGAUACUGAAGUUUUCAAAGCGCCACCUUGAGUAGUGUAAUGACGGAGUUCUUUUAUAUGGCGUCCGAUUUUGCUUCGUCUUCUUUUGUUUUGUUUAGCUAUGGAUUAAGACGAGGACUCCAGAAUACGCUUGGUUAUCGUUCAUAGCUCUUAAGAUUUGUUUAAAAGGGAAUUGAAACUUUUCGAAGACGUGAGUACAUCGGGAUGCAAAUCAAAUUUCUUUUUACGCUUGUGUUGCUUAGACGGAGCCAUGAGUUUUUAUUUAUUUAUGUUUUCGGUGAGAGGAGCGACACAGCGUUACCAACAUUUGUUACAACGAUUUAUAAUGCUUAUCUCAUAAUGCAACGUAUGUCCUGGAAACUCUUGUAAUUUCUUAUUUGAAAUUUCUUAUUCCUGUUUGCUGUAAUCGUGAUUUGCGCAAAGGUUCUCGCCCUACAAGCGCGCAAAACCUCGUUUUAUAAAUCCCUUGUGUCGCUACCUCAGUCGCGAUAUGAUAUUAAGCUAUUUCGCUCGCCCGCUGUAACUUUUUUGUUGUAAACCCUGUUGGUCGUGACGCUCAAUUUUAAGGAGAAAAUUAAAACAAUUUACUCAUCUUAUAUAUUCGUCCUAUGUAAUGAGAAUUCAGUUACCUGGUUAUGAGACGGUAACAGUAUUUUGUGUCUUUCGAUGGCCACAAGUUCCAUGCUCGAAGUUUAACUCCGUGAAUCACAGUAUGUUUCUUAAUAGAUCUUUAGUAAUUCUGGUUGUGUCAUUAAAAUCCUAUCAAGAGAGUUAUGCGUAUUUCCAAGGUUAUUCAUGAAGACCUUAUAAUACUUUACUUCGUUUGUCUGUGCCUUUGAAGAAAAAAUCGGUCAUCUUCGUGACUCUACCAUUGAUGCGAUCUUUUGUGUCUCUGAAAUUUUGUUCGAGGCUAACGAUAAUUUAAGAUUGAACUCGCUUGAUAAACAAGGCGUUAUAGAACUCGUUUAUAAUUAAGGAUUUUCAUAAUAACUCUGAAAUGUGAAAUUAAAAGCGACAGAUGAAGAAUCAGAAAACCAUUACCCAAUGAUUGUUUUUAGCUAUAUAUCCGAGUGGCUUAAUGCUAAGAAUUGUGUUGUCAAGUUUGGACAAGAGUUCUUCUUUACCAAUCGUUUGAAUGCAAAUUACUUUGUUUCCGAAACAUUUUGAACAUACGCAUAAACUUAAGACCAUACCAAUAUAUGCUCUUAUCCAUUGAAGUUAAAUGUUCAACCAAGCACAACUGUUGAUUGUUCUCGGUCAAUUGUAGUCUGUAUUACUAACAACAUGCAUGUCAACUUAAUGAGGUUGCAUAUUUUUUCACUCAUUGACUGUUGGUUGAGUGGAAUGUCGAUCUUUGUCAGAAUUAUAUAUUGUAUGUUUAAUAGCUAUCAUGAUUUGUUAUUGCUCAAUUCAGCAGGGAAACUGUUAUGUCAUAUUUUGUUUUAUGACGUAUUGUUUUCAUAUUGUGUUUCAUAUCGCGACUAUAUUGUAAUACAGGUGAACAUUUUAAAUGUAUUGGAUAUCGUGAAUUGGUCAACAAAUUAAAAAAAAAAAAAUGACAGAACAAUAGAGGAUUUAGAAUUAUUGACCAGUUUACAGCAAUAAAGAGAUGUAAAUAUUAAAUACCUAGUCUGUUUGAUGUGAAAAUGGCUCAAGGAGUUUAAUACAUAUUUUUUAUUCCCAAGUUCUAAUAUUAUUUUAUCUUAGCAGUCUGAGUAUAAGACCAUUUAAGCCAUCUAAAUGGUACCUGACAACAAUUUCCAAAAAACUUGGUAGGUUGUUAGAAUAUGUAUCCUCUAUAGAAAAAGUUAGUUUGUACACUAUGAUAGUAUGCUAUGUUUGGAAUAUCAAUCUUUAUUAUUUGGAAAAAGUGAUACAGUUUUUGAAUGAAUGUUUUGUGGUUCACACUGUUUAUUUUUGGACCACAGAGUGAAAACUGUACAACAAGCCAAUAAAAACUCAAAAUAAGUACAUUUUUGUUACCUUGACCAAGGGCAACUGUAUGUUUUGGAGGCAUGGUUGGUUUUGCACUGAAUUGGUUAAGAAUGUGGCUCAAUUAUUCUCAAGCAAUCACAAAGCAUAGUACUGUCAAUCCGAACCGAUGUAAUCAUGCAUCAUUUUGGUUACUCAUGUAAAAAUUCCUCUAAGAGUAAGCAUCCCUUUUUAAAGGUGGACAUGUACAUGUAGCCUCUCCUUAUGCUAAUAUGUGGUCAAAAGCAGACAGAUCAAAUAAUGUUUGUUAUGUUGUAGAUUUAAGAGAGGCAAGCAUGCCAGAUUCACCAACGGACCCAGCAGCUCAUCCUCCUCAGGGACCUCCAGUGUCAUCACCAAAUGCAAAUCCUACUUCAGUUCCAGUUGUGGCUGAUGUAAGGUCUCUUAAUAAUUCCACUUCACCUGCUGUCAAUGGUGCACAUACCAGCCCCACAGGCCCUGUGUCUCCUAGCAGUAUAGGAAACAGUGUAACCCAGCUGCCUCCUGCCUGUGGUGCUCGACAACUUAGCAAGUUGAAGCGAUUCCUGACAACUCUGCAACAGUUUGGUUCAGAUAUCUCUCCUGAAAUUGGAGAAAGAGUGCGAGGACUUGUUAUGAACCUUGUGGUGAGGAAAUAAUUUGUAACACAUUUUGGUACUCCUGGGAUGAUAGGUGUUUGUGUUCAGAGACAUGAUGUUAACUUUUGGCCAUUUUUAUUUCAGAACUCAACAAUAUCCAUAGAAGAAUUUCAUGCACAGCUUCAAGAAGCUACAAAUUUUCCUCUCAGACCAUUUGUUAUACCAUUUCUAAAGGUAUGCUAAACUCUGUUUACAUUAAUUAAAUCAGAGCAUGUAUAGCUUGGUAUACUAGGGUAGACAUUCAUGCAGUUAGAGCUGAACUGAGUCAUGGUGCUCCCUCUUGCCCAAGCUCUACUUUGUUUCCACAAUUGUGGUGCAUACAUGUACCACAACUUUUUCAUUGCCAAGAACUAAAUAUCAGUUCUGUGCAUCAUCUGCCUUAAAUUUGUUAUGAUUUUAGCCUUGACAACAUGGUGGUCAAUCAAACAAUAUUGUUGAGAUUUUAAUCUUCACCUUUCAGCUUGAAAUUUUGCUAUUUGGUCUGUCCUUGAUUAACAUGGUUGAUAAUAAUUUAUGGUUGAUUUUCAUGAGGACUUUUACUCAGUUUAAGUGGUGGCAUGUGAAAAGAAGGCAGUAUUUUAUUACUUUUUGCUUGGUAAUUGGCUAAUAUUAUUUCCUGUACUUAAAAGUUUGACAUUUCUUUUGAAAUGAGUAUAUUUUUGUUGAUGGAACUCCUAUUUCUUUUUUGGCAUUGGGAUCAAGAACAUUUAGUUUCUGGUAAAAUUGGUUUAUAACAUAGAUUCCAAACUCAGUAAUAAGUAUAAUGCUUAACUUAUUUAGGAGUGUUUGUUACUACAAAUAGCAAAGUGAAUUUUUCAGUAUGAAACUAAGGUUUGGAUAGAGUGGCCUAGAUAAUGACUGUUUAAUUUUUUGUGUGUAUAAUUUUGUUGACCCUAAGUUAUACCUGUAAACUGAGGGCCUAGGAAAGAACUGAAUGAAGGGGGUAAGUUUCUAAAGAAACUGUGGUGCUGUAGCAGUGGGAGAGUAUAACAAGGUAGUGUGGUAUUAUCAACUGAGUUUAUAAUGUAAAUUGGCCACUGUAAAGAGUUUCAAAGCUGAUGUUUCAGAAUUAGGUUAAUUAGGUCAGAGCAAAUGAGGAAGGACUAACACUCAAAAGGCCAGCUUUCUUUUUUACAGUGGCCAAUUUAUGUCAACAAAUCAGUUGAUAAUACCAAAUUACCGUAUUUACUCACGCAUAAGUCAACCUUUUAUGACCAAAAAAUCAGCCCAAAAAAUCACCCUCAACUUAUACACAAGUCAUACACAAAGACCUGACACAAGCAAUCCAAGAAAUUAGCAUAAAAAUCGCCUGAAGUCCGUUAGGAAAACUGAGUUUGUAAAACCAGUUCUAAUUGUAUUUGAGUUUCGUCACUUUUUAGUGCAUUCUUCCUCAACAAAAAAGUUUGAAGUAAUAAAUUUUAAGUGGCUUAACAAAAAGCUGCUGGAGCUGACUUCUAUUGUGUCUUUGGACUGUAGGGCAGACAUUUUUGCCUGCAGUUUUGCUGCUGUUAACAGUGCUGGACUUUAGUUCUCAUUGAAUGAUUUCCCUGGCUUAGUGACCUGGUUGCAUGGUUUUUUAUGUUACGUGUGAUCCUUUGAAACUUUUAAGUUUUCCUUUGGUCUAAUUAAUCUCCUUUCAAACUCAACAUUAAGAUGAAGGUUAUUUCAAUGCAAGAAGAUUUCAUUUCAAUGUGAUUCACAAAAUAUGAUAAAAUACUUCUCCAGUAAGUGCUUGUAUAUGCUUAAAUUGUGGUGAUAUCAACAAGUGCUAAUAAUAUCAACUUCACAGCACACAGUUACAUUUUGCUCUGCAUUUUUUUUAAUUCCUCGUGUUUUCAAUACAUUCUCAGAAAUAAGAGAUUAACAUGUUUGGUUAGAAAUGAUGAAAAAUCCAAUUUUUGACCUUGACAAAGUGUUGUUGACUUAUACACAAGUUCGACUCAUACACAAGUAAAUAAGGUACCCCAGAAUAGAACUGCCCCCAUUCAGAUAUGUUGACUUAUCAACCUAUUUCUAAGGUAUGAUACUUAUGGUAUUUCCAGGCAAACCUACCCCUGUUACAAAGAGAACUGUUACAGUGUGCUCAGAUGGCUAAGCAGACUCCACCACAAUAUCUCAGACAACAUGAAGAUAUUUUAAAUGAAAGAGAAACAACACCUCUGGAUCCAGAGGAACUAAAUCCAUUAGAAAUAAAUGAAAAUGGGAAACGGAAGGCUCCUUCAGAUAGUAUGAGGUAAAGCUAUAACAAAAAAACAAUUGUUUUCAUCUCCUAACAAUUAUACUGGUUAAAUAUUUUCUUUGAGAAUAUUAUGAUUUACUAUUGCAGCUCUUGGCUUUUAUGGCUGUGAAAAUGGACUGUGAUUGUCCUUCCUCCUACAGCAGCAUUGUAGAAAUUAACUGAUUAAUAACAUGAAAAAUGAUGCAUGUUUGAGUGGCUGAAAACAAGUGCAUUUUUCAUGUAACAUGAGUGUACAGUUGUUUUAUGGAACAGGUAAGAUUCCCUGGUUGCCAUAGAGCAAAAGUAACAUACUAAGGGGUCACUUGGCCCUGCCAUGGCAGAGCCCUGAAUUAUGUCAGGGUGUACAAUGGUACAUGGAAGUAGAACUCUCAAUAAGAGUACUAAAUAAAUCCCUGUCUUUUCAGACCUAAGGAAAAUGGAGCACCUCCUGAUUUGGCUAUGGUGAGUUUGAGUGUUUCUUCCUUUUUUUCCUGGAAUUUACAUGCUUAUUUAAUGAUCAAUAUAGACAAGUGAAGUAGGAGAUUAAUUUAAUACCUACACUAUGUUAUGCAUCUCAUGACCAUCACAUUAUGCUUGUUUGUGGUGUUAUUUAGUUGCUGUUGCAGAUGCUGUGUAAAUUUUCAAAUUAACACCUUUCCCUAUUUGGUGACUACAUUCUGUGGCUAUCACAGUUUUGAAAUUUUCGGUCUUUUUAUUUCAGCAAAUGAUGGCAGAACUGGGGAAACCUAUCCCAAAGAGGCCCUUUUUGGGUAUGUUUAUAAAACUGAAUGUAGCUUGUAUGUGAUGACUUUUACCUCUUACACCUCAAAAUGAAUGCUUUUUUGGUUGUGAUAUCUCUGCUGAAGAUAUAUAUUUUAAACAGCUUUGUUUUGAAUCAAGGAAUUUUGACUUAGCUUUAAAAUCAGGUAAACUGAAUUUUAUCUCAGUUAUAGAACAAGAAUCACUUUACAUGGUUAAUUGAUACUGAGCCAGCUUUGUAUUUUGUUGGGUAGGCAACAGCAGCAGUUUUAAUAAACCAAAUCAGUUAAGAAUGGAAGACAUCACAAUACCACAAGGUAAUAUUUAAGAGAUCUUGACUAAUCGUGAAUUUGAAAUUGGAUCAACUAAUGAUUCUCUAAUUGACAUUUUUUUAAUCCUCAUCACUUGCCUGUUUUACAUGUAUACUCUAGUGAUAUUGUCAGGGGAAAUUCUGUCAUUGAUAUUGUUAAGGGAAAUUCUGUCAUGGUCACUUAUGGGAGUUAAAGGGUUAAUGAAGUUCAUGAUUGAUACUAAAUCAAUCAAAUAAAGUUGAAUUACAAUAUUUUGGAGACAGUAUUUUGCCUUGUGUAUUUGUUGUAUUCUUGUUUCUGUUAAAUCGAUAUUGUGAACAGCAAACAUCCAGAAGUACAUGCAAAGACAGUUGACAACUUAAACCCUUUCACCCCUAUGAGUUACCAAAAGAAAUGUCUUGUUAUGAUAUCAUAACUUUUUCAAACCAUCAAGUGAUGAGAAGAAAGGAAAGUAUCAACUGAAGAAAAUUGCUUACACUGAACACAAAAUUUGUGGAUCUAAAAUUAUGGAAUAUGAAUGCCAGACAGUAUGGAGAGGGAACAGGGAGAUCUUGGUAGCAAGGGGUUGACUCCCUCUUAUCUUUAGGGUGAUGUUACCAAUCAUUAAAGCAAACAGACCAUGUGAUUAUCUCAGAGUCUUCAGUGUUCUUCCUUACUGUUUGCUUUGAUGUUUCAGUUAUGUGUGAUGGUAUGAUUAAUCAUUAGUUAUUUCACAGCAGGCAGUUCACGUGAUGGUGAUCCCACUUUGCCAGAUGCUCUGUUGGAUAGCAAACAUGAAGUAGUGGAUGACUGGAAACAUGUGGACACGGUAGGUUGAGUCUCCAAGGUUGCUAGAAGGUGUUUAUUGGGCAUUGGAGAUUGAAUUUGUCAUCCAUGCGCUGAAUUGUUUUUUGUUCGAGACCCAUAGAACAUGCUCCUGUUACUUAAAUGUAUUCUCCUGAAACUAAAUUUUUCAAGUUAAUCCCUGGUUGUAGCAGGCAUGGUAACCAAGUGGAUUAGGACUAAUUAAUGCUUUCUAUGCAAAGGGCAGUCACAUUUCAACCCUUAACUCCCAAGAUCUGAUUGUUAAUUCUCUCCUCUGGCUGGUAAACAUUUCCUAGUAAAUUAGUCAGGAUAAUUUUUUAUUAGAUAAAGAAAACGCCUUUGACCUGAUAAGUAUGAGUAUUCUUAUCACCUGUUUGCUGGAUAAUAUAUAGAUAUUAUAGGGAGAAGUUACAUGAUAAUCACCUCCGGGAUUUGAUGAGUGAAGGACAUUUUUUAUUAUUACAGUGUAUUAUUUGUUGAUUUUUUUAACAAUUAAAUAUUUGUGGUACUUAGAUGCUUCAGUGCAUAAUAGGAAUGGUUGACAAGACAAAACGAGCUGUAGCAGUGCUUCAACAACGAUGCACUCAGGACCGAGAAGAAUUAUUGGCCUGGGCACGAAAAACGGCCGAAGAAACAGAAGCGGAAGUUAAGAGGAGAGCAGGUGGGUGUAGAGCUUAAUUCUUUUUUUAUCAUUUCGUGUGGACAAGCUAAGUCCAGUAUGGUGUUAAGAAAACGCCUAUUCUUCAAUAGGCUGAAAAUUUCAUCUCUCGUUAAACCUUUAUCUUUAACUCGUUUAGGGGAACUAAUGGCUAAAACGCUAAAACAAACGGAGGAGCGCGUAGCAGAGGUCAAACGUCGGGCGGAAGAGGCCGUAAGUGACGUGAAGAGACAAGCUGUGGUGGAACUACAGAAAGCUGUCCGUGCUGCGGAAGAGAAAGCUAACGAGGCUGUGGCUAGUGCGCAUGGCAAAAUGGAGAAAGCCGUGCUAGAGGCGCGCCGACAGGCCACUGAAGACACCUUAGCCAUGUCAAAUCAUCAGAGUGAUUCAAGUGAGGUAGGGAUAUAAUGCUAUGCAUUCUUGUUUUCUUUAACAAAGUUUUGUUGUGUUUGUGUCAAUCUGCGUGCCCUCUUGUUAAGAUGUCCACAUUCUUAUGGGGAUAUUGGUUGUUCUUCCCGUAGAGUUGUUGGAAUUGCGGGCGAAAGGCCACGGAGACAUGUAGUGGAUGCAAUGUGGCGAGGUACUGCGGCCCGUUCUGUCAGCACAAAGAUUGGGAGAACCAUCAUCACGUCUGUGGACAGCAAGCUCAGGCCGCCGGCGAAGACAAUCCCCAAGGAGGAGGUCCUCAGUCCGCGGGCUCUCCUAAGGAUACCAACACCACUAGUCCCGCUGUCACCAGAAUGACCACGCCCACUUCGUCAUCCGACCCCAUUUCAUCCCUCAGUGAUUAUGUUAUGAAAACCCCCUCUACGUAGGAUUAACUAGUACGCGUUAAAGUAAUACUGGCUUCGUGUAUUGAGUCGCCAGAAUAGAAGACUGAAAUUUUCUCGAGGGAAGCCUUCCUCGUCAGUCUAGGGAACCUCCAAUGGUUGAGAAAUUGUGAUUUUGAUUUGCACAUAAUCUUUGUUGAUUCCCUCGUGACUGUGUUGCUUUGCGAUUAAAAGGUUUCGUAUUAAGCAGGUAGAAUAAGGCCAAGAAUUUAGGCAAUUUUAUCGCUUAGUAUUACGGGUAUGUGGAGCCAGGAGAUUCCAAGAAUAAGGAGACUGCCUUUAACACAAAUCAAAAUGAGGUGCUGCUGGUAUUUCACAAAACCAUCUGCUAGAGAGAGUGAAAGAAUCCUCUUCUUUCAUGGAAGGGGAAGGUAGAGAUGAUAGAGAUGGCAGAGACCCCAAAAUAGCUAUCAGCAUCUCAUGGCUAAAUGAAUCGUAAAAAAUAUCAGCUGCAUGUGAGCGAAGACUUUUUUCUGGUUCCGUAAACUUUCUCGUAAAUCUUUAAUUUACACACAAACUCAUUGCGUUGAAGCUUAAAGUAGAAAAUUUAAGGUAAAUUUGUUCCGACACUACAGGUAGCAUUAUAAGAUUUUAUGGUCUGCUUCAGGGAACAGUUUUUCUCGAGGGAAAUAUUUAAGAAACCAAAGAGUCCCUAUCUUAAACUGUGUUUUGUUAGUGGUGUUAGUACACUUAAAUGCCAUCAAGUAGAAAUCUUUGUUUUGUUUUGUUUUUUCGAAGUUGUUUCGUUCUUCCUUUUUUGAAAGGCAGAGCAAGGUGAACAGUCCUCGUCCAUAUAUCGUUCGAUUUCAAUUGAGCACCAAAUUACAAAUGGAAUGUUAUUAUGUACAGAAGCUCCCACCCCAAUGUCGUUAAUGUGUCAGAAGAAAUUACAGCCUUGUUUAAAGCGUCUUUCUCAACGUAAAUUUUUAUCAAUCGUUACUUCCUUGUGGGAAGCGUAAAGUUUUGAUGAAUUUUGUCCAUUUUCAGUCGGUUAACAGGAAUACCAACAUGUAAUACUUGUAAAUAUGAAAUAAAGUGGACCUUGUCUAUGUUG